CAAAGUCAGUCAGUCCUAACUGGAGGUGGAGUUUCCCUCUCAGCCCGUCGCUUCGCUGAACUUUCUUCUUCUCCUUCGAUUCCUACUUUUCCAAAUUCCUCCACGCGAAGAGCAAAUUCCAAACUCUCUUUCCUUCCCACUCCUCUCCAACUUCGCUUCCUCCUAUUUUUGGCGCCGCCUCGGUUGAUCCUUCAUCGGGCACUGACCAUUUUUCCUGUGAACUUCCAGAGGAGGGCUCGAGGGUCGUCCGAGCAAAGAGAACUUUUUCAGGCGAUUGCCAUACCCCAUUCAGUUCUUGAAGAGAGUCCAGCGUCUUUUCUCAUCUGGGUUUGCUUCAAAUUUUCACCUUUUUGGUGUUUUGACAAGUUUUGGAAUUCAUCCCUCGCGGGUUCUUUUGUUUGAGAUCGUCGUCGAGAGAUCCUGAUCAUAGAGUGAGAAAGCAAUGGGCGAUUCUGAGGCCAGCGGGACGCUGGACAACUCUGCAGCCGUUGAAAUUACCGGCAAGAUCAUGGUGAUAGCAAUUAUAAUCCUUUUCUUGGUCGUAGUCUUCGUUCUUUUCCUCCACUUGUAUGCCAAGUGGUUCUGGUGGCGCGUGGAGGAGCCCCCUCCUCAGGGCCUCAACCGCCGCCGGCCGCGGCGUCGCUUUGUGUUCGUCCCUGGCCAAGAGAUGGCGGCCGUGGGUGCGCGCCGGGGGCUGGAUCCCUCGGUCCUGCGGUCCAUUCCAGUCAUCGCGUUUCGGCCUGAGGAGUUCAAGGACGGGCUUGAAUGUGCCGUUUGUCUGUCCGAGCUUGUUGACGGAGAGAAAGCCAGGUUGCUGCCCAAAUGCAAUCAUGGGUUUCAUGUAGAUUGCAUUGACAUGUGGUUUCAAUCGCAUUCGACUUGCCCGCUUUGUCGAAAUUCUGUCCAUGGAGCGCCUGAGAGUCGCGUCAAUGUUGGCCCGGAGGAAGACAGUGUCGAAUCUGUUGAUGAAUCUGUUGAAUUGAGUGUUGAAGAUAUUUCAUCUGGUGGACAUACCACGGAGUCCCUGAGGUUUCCAACUAAUGUGUUGUUCUGGGGUGAUGACACUCAGGUUAGCUCUAGGACUGGUUCUCUGGAGGAAGGCCCUGUUCCUUGGGAGGAACCGGCGACUCCAUCGGCUUCGUCCUCAAUUCAGCCAGAUGGGGCUCUGGUGAUCGACAUACCGAGGCGGACGAUGGAGAGCACGUCGUCCUUUUCGCCAUCCACGAGCGGGUGCGUACAAGAUGAAGUGAAGUCACCGAUGACCACAAGAUUGAGGUCUUUGAAGAGGCUUUUGAGCAGGGAGAGAAGGGUGAAUCCUUGCAGUCCGACUUCUGCUGAUGCGGAGCAAGUUGGGAGAAGUCUGCCUUGUUAAUACGAAAUUAUAUGUUGAAGAUGCCAGCAGUCUUACUGCUGCGGCUGAUUGAUUAAGACGACGAUUCUUCAAUUCUUUUAAAGUCAAUGAUUCAUUCAAGAUGUCAAGUUCAGGCAUUUUGUAUAUCAAUUUGGAUGUCCUGCUCUGGAAAUCCUCGAGAAUUGCCAAAUUUGCCGGGGAAAGACAAGCUUCCCAGAUUGAGGUGCUUGAACUUUUGUUUUCCUGUACAGAACGAAAAGUUUGAUUGAAUAGUAUCAACGGAAGCCUGUCUCCGCUAUUGAGUCCGGUGCCACGACUUCCUUACUAUGAGUACAUUAUACACAAAGAAAACAGCUUCUAUGUUCUAGACGAUGGCAAAUGGAUAUCCAUCGUUUUCGACAGAAGAUGUGGUCAUGUGACAACAUCUUUCUUUUAAAGGAUCGCAUUCAGUUAUGUACAGAAGUUUGUAUUCUUGUCUUUACUUUGGACUGUAUCUGCACUGUCCUUGCAUCUCGAUGCAGCAACUUUACUCUUCUAUGAUCAAUCAUUCUCAAGAUUUGGCAUUGUGAACUUUUGCUUA